AUGUGUUCAACUGCGUGGCCGAUUUGCUAUCCGCAGGUUGUGCCUUGGCUCCGCAGCAUAAACUUUUGGCCAUGCCAAGAGCCUGCCGCUUCUCCUAAGGUAGGCAUCUCCUGCAGAUGGCUUGAUCUGGUUUACCAAUCGCGUCCACCUUUCCCAACACUGGGCUCGGACGACUUGACAACUGGAGGCGGAGCCGUUUACAGUACCGAUAUGAAAGACAGAGGUACAGCCAGAUGGGUGAACAGUAUGGAGAAAUGGGGGUCAAUUGUCAAGAGGUAUGAAACAAGAGGCAAAGCGAUUGGUUCCGUGAAACAACUCCUAUCUCCUUGUGGAUUAAGUGAUCCUGGAUUUGGGCCAUUGGACGGUUGGCAUACGAACGGCCCAAGUUGUGGUGCGUGGUCUAGACGUGGGUCUGGGCCUGUGUCUGCGCCUGUGUCCGACCUCGAGGCUGCAUUUGUCCUAGUCAUUACACGUCACAAAUGGGACGUAGCCGCAGGUGGAGAGAGUGGAAGUGGAGAGAUGCCUUUUUACAUGCAAGAAGCUGGAAUGACCGGCGCUGCUGUUUUGCGGGUGCUUCUCAAAGCACCGACUUCUUCGUGGUAG